AUAAUAGCCUCUCACAUAUAUUCUCAAAAUUAAUCAGUACUUCAAUUAUUAACUUCAUAUAUCUCUUCGAAACUGGUUUUGUGUAUCUUUAUUUCUGUUUGGUUCCUGGGAAAAUUGUAAUUACAAUUUAUACUUGACAUGGCAUUGACAGAUAACCAAAUCGCAGGGUUUCGGGAAGCAUUUUCUUUGCUCGACAAGGAUUCAGAUGGAUUAGUAACAAUGGAAGAGCUGGUUGGGAUUAUAGAUUCAUUAGAUGAACAACCCACAAAAGAUGAAAUUCGGGACAUGAUGAAUGAGGUGAACUGUGAUGAGAAUGGUACUAUUGAUCUUGAUGAGUUUUUGAGUAUUAUGACAAGAAAGACAAAGGAAAAUUUUGCGGACGAGCUUAAAGAGGCCUUCAAAGUAUUUGACAGGAAUCAAGAUGGAUAUAUUUCUGCCAACGAGUUAAGACAAGUAAUGAUAAACUUGGGAGAAAGAUUAACAGACGAAGAAGCUGAACAAAUGAUAAGAGAGGCUGAUAUUGAUGGCGAUGGUCAAGUGAAUUAUGAUGAAUUUGCAAGAAUUAUGAUGCUUAACUGAUAAAUUACUGCAAAUAAUAACUAAUUUAAACAAUUUCCCACCUUUGCACAUGCUUUAUUAUAUAAACAUUUUGAAUGGAAUAAAAUUUAGAGCUAACUUUCUAUUUUUAAUU